CGUGCCCUGCCUUGAAAAGCUUUGAUCUGUGAGCGUCCGUGAUUCAUACCUCGGCGGCAUGUACCGACUGCCGUUGGAGGCUGCCUCUCUCACUCACUGAGAUUGCACGCAGCACUAGCCUCGCUGCGGCAGAGAUGAAUGGAAGCGCUCCAAGUAUUACUAGUCCGCCAGUCCCACCUUCGUCCGCCUCUCUUCCUCCCACGGCUGCUGCAUCUCUGUGAGCCUCAAUUCUUUGGAAUAAUGGAAUCUUGAGGGGAAAAGCAUAAAUUGUCUUACGCAGUCCUUUUUUUGCCUUUUUUUUGCCACUGUGCCCUCCUUUGCUUCGUUGCAACAGCAUCAGCACCGCCAUCACGCUCUCUUCACGUCUUAUAAGCAAGCUUCAGCCUGUUGAUUGUACCAUUGCCGUAUACCUCGUCGACGUCUUACAUCUUGUUGCAGUCCAUUGUAUCGAUUUCUCUUGCGUCAAUCCCCCAGAAACACCUGCAAAGGCCCUUUGUGCUGCUGCCAACAAAGAAACUACACCGGGCUAGCCACUGACGAGUGUUACAACACCAUACUUCCAACGCUCAUUUCCACUUUUCUGCUUCUCUCGCCCUCGUCUCUGAAACAGGCUCUUCUCCACAACUGACAUUCUCACAUCGCCGACGUUGGAUGGGUCCACCGAGCGUCGUCACAGUCAACUCCAGCUUCCCACUCACGCACUCAAUUACACAAAUCAAGUCUCAUCUUUUGUCGUCAAUCCUGGUUCUUGUCCAGUGCGAGUCAUCGGCCAUCUAACUGGGCUUCGCCAUGGCCACCCCUGGCAGUGGACUCGAAUCCCUCCCGGGCAGCAACACCUUUCCUCGAAGGAAAAAUGUACCGGCCUCCGAAUUCUCGCUGGACUCGGAUGUCUCGACCUCAGCUCCGUUGAAAAAGAGCAAACUGGGCCGUCGAGGGUCCAAGCUCGGUCUUAGACACCUCUUUGGUCGAAAACUUUCCAAACCGGGCGAGAGCCUUCCCUCUCCUGUUUCUCUCAAGUCACCCAGCUCGCUCAACUCGCUCAACAUGCUCAACAACUUGGGCAAGCCGCCUUCUCGAUCCGGAGGCUUUCGAAAGUCUCUCGUGGAUAUCAGCGGUUGGCCAUAUGGACCGCAAGCCAAGUCUGAACUUGCCCUUUCUACGCCAGAUUAUCCAUGGGAUCCCUCCCACGAGCUGCCACCGGACGACACUCAUGUUUCCCGUCCACAAACUCCUGCCGCCGGUCUUUCUGCUUCUUCCGGGAAGCGCACCCCAGGCAUGUCAAUCACCAGACAGCCUCGUCCGACUCUCACCGUCUGGACGAUACCGCCCCUCAGCCGGGCGAACCAGCAGGAGCUCAAGCAGCAAACGCUCUCUGCCACCGUCAAGCCCGUCGAGACCGUUCUGAGACGCAGUGAGAAGUCGGGCGUGACCGACAUGAUAGUGCCUCUCACCGAAACCGAUACAAUCAUGAGCAGCGCUGGAAUUAGCCCCGGCGACAAGUUUAGGAGAAGGAACCGCGGAGACUCCCUGUCUGCCGGUAAUCUUGAGUGGACCACCAAGAUUUACAUUCUUGUCACUGCUGGAUAUUUACUCCAAUAUACUGGAAACGGCGCUCCCGACCGCCUGCCUGAAAAGGUGCUGCGCUUGGGUACGUCUUCGGCGGCUUUUGUAACUGAUGUGAUUCCGGGACGUCAUUUCGUCCUGCAGGUUACAUCCACCACAGACAGCUACGACAGAUCACCAUCCACCGACCCCCGAUCCUUUUUCUCAAAACUUCCCUUUCGAUCAUCAGACAAGCGCAACACAUCCAACAUGAUUAUGGUUUUUGAAAACGCCGAGGACAUGGAUGAUUGGAUGACUUGCUUACGGUCCAAGAUUGAGGAGCUUGGCGGCAAGAGGAGCAUCUCCGAGGCUGACCUGCUCAGGGAAGCCGAGGCUAAGCUGAAUGAAGACGCCAUUCCUUCUUCGCGUCUUCGUGAAAAGCCAAGCCUGAAAUCCAUGACGCUGAGAGAUGUCUCUUGUUCUGCACAAGCCACUCCCACAACCCCUUCGACGGCACCCCACCAAGAACGCAAUACUAGGACUCUUGAUUACUCAAUUCCCGUGGUUGACUUUGAUUCUUUCAACCACGAUUUGUCAUUCGAUGACAAGUCGGCAACGAACAGCAUCGCAUCCCAUGACGGCCGCCAAUUGGACAAUCUUCGCGACAGCUCACAGCGGUUAUCGCAAAUGUCGUCUAGCCAGCGGACAAACUUGACAUCGACCACUUCUUCGCCCGCGGGCUCACCCGUGCGCGACAGGUUCCCGCUAUCAGCAGAUAUCACCAUUAUCCCAGAGACGGCGCGGCCUAGACCCAACGCCAGCGUCAUUGCCAAUCGACGAGUAUCGCUGCAGACUAUGGGACCGUUCGUUGGGGAGGUCAGCCUUAGUGGAGACGGUCUGUUGGAGCAUCACCAACACAGCCUACUUUCCUGGGCCAACGCUGCUGGAAAUGAUGCGAUUCCAUCUCCCACUGGCACUCACAGUUUUGGAAUCUCCACUUUGCAAUCUACGGGUCGUCGGGCUUCCCAUAUGAAGGUGGCUUCUGCUUUGGAUGUAGAAAACUUCUUCUCUCCGCCGUCGCCAAGAGAUGCUGUCGCCCCGACAUCCAGGGGAUCUCAGCGUAAGCUGUCCAGUAUCCGUGUAGGGCGACGACCCCUAUCCACGGUUGAAGACCAGCCGUCUCCCAAAGAGAAUGUCAUGCCAGAAAGGCCUGUGACGAGCCACAAUGCGGAGACUCGGCCACCCUCGGACAUUCCUAGUGUUCCCAAGCUACCUCGAGAGAGGCUUGUGUCCAUGUCAAACGUCCCCCAGGUGCUGGGACGGUUGUCUUUGCCUUCACGACGUCUGAGCAUAGUGCCUAAAUUGACAACACGGAGCCCCAGCCCGGGCCCUGCCACUCCACCUGGCUUUCAACUUGAUGAGAACGCACAUGAUAGCCCCCGGAGACUCGCCAGUAUCAACGCACUGCGAAAGCAGCUCGAGGUCAAGGGUUCAUCAUCAAAGUCUAGAGAUGCUAGCCCCCUGGCAUCGCCCGCCACUGACCGGUCAUUCUCGCCAUUGCCUUCACCCCUCUCGGCUUCUUGGACCGACAAGACGAAGAAGAGUCGAACCUCGGUCGACGAUGUGGACGAAUUCUCGCGGGGCUUUAGUUUGGGGUUUUCUUGGGCAACCAAUCGAGCUAGCAUCAUGUCUGCCUUUUCUGACAAGUUCCCCGGAGAGGCGCAUCCCAUUGCAAAUAUUGCAGAGUCGCUUCCUCAGCUUUCGCCGCCGCCAACAGGGCCUCUUCCGGCAAUUCCCUCGAGGCCUUCGUCUUCUUCUAGCAACUACGCCAAGAGUAUGAAGCACAAGAAGAGCCUGCCGCGGAUGGCUAUGCCUCCGCCAGCACCACCUCCUACAUGUGCCCUUCCGCCAUUGCCACCAAAGGCUGCGGUUGAGGCAUAAGAGGGGGAUUGAGUGACUUGCUUUCCCACUGUUCUUUUUUUUUCCUUUCCUUUUUCCCUUUGUGUCUUUUAUUACCCCCGUCAACUUCAUACGGGCGUGUACUAUAUCCGCAUUGUGUGCGAGACAACUUCAUUUACACCGGCGAUUGGCGUUGAAAAUUGUAGAUGUGCGUUGUAUCUAGCCGAUAUAUCUUUGCGCGCGCAUCAUACAAGUUUUUUUUUUUCUUUCUUUUUUUUAUACCUUUUUUUUUUUAUCUUCCUUUUGUACAGGCAAUUGAGAGCGUUGGUACGGGAGACGUCAAGAGCAGGGAAAUACCUGUUUGGUGCAUUACGACACUUGCACGCAAACACAUGUUUUGGAUGGGAUAUUUUGUUGAUGGAUUUGGCAAGGGUUCUGAUGAGUCUAGAUCCUUGGAAAAAAUAGUUGGAUUUGCAUUUUUUUUGAGAUUUGAUCAGAGACAAAAAGGUGUUUUGGAUGUGGGCUUUUUUCUUUGUUCGAGUCAUGUAGUAUAUCGAUACGACUGUAUCUGCGACUAAAUAUUAAUUCAUCUUUAUAUUUGUG